AUCAACACGACAUCUUUGUCAUCUUUGUAUUAAACCAAUCAUCUUUAAAAAUCAUUUAAAAAUACAACCACAACAAUGAGAUCAUCAAGAAAAUUACUCAAACUUGCUCCAUUAUUUGCUGUAGCUUCGUAUGGAGUUAUAUCAAUGAAGGAUACAGAUCUUGUCUCUAAAUUUUUUAAUUAUGAUCGUAAACAGUUCUAUCAUCAAUUCAUGCCAAAUCAUCACUUUCUAGUUCAGGCCGAGGAAGAAACUUUGAAACCACAAUCUGGUGUGGUGACUGGUAACUUCCCACAAAUGGCAAUUAUCAGCAUUAAAUUGAAAGAUUACAAGAAUUAUGAAAAGGUUUUGAAAGCAGUUUCUCUUGUUCCUUCAAUUGUUGAGGAAUUGACAGGAGAUAAACAAGUCGAUGCAGAAGAUGAAUUUGCAUUGCCACCUGUCAUGAUUAAUGUUGCACUGAGUACUAGAUUUUGGAACUUUUUAAAUUCAAAAGAUGGAGCUACCUUCAAAAAGCCAGAAGGUUACACUAAGGAUUAUGAAACUAAAACAGGAGAGUUUGGUUCAAUGCCAUAUAAGGAAACUGAAAUUGUCUUGCAUGUAAAGGCAGAGAAUACCUCAAUUUGUUAUCAAGCCAUUGAUCAAUUUUUGUCCAAUCUCCCAAAGGAUGCACUUGAAUCAGUGAAUGAACAUUACGGAUUCCAAUAUCAAGAUUCAAGAGAUUUGAGCAAAUUCAUUGAUGGUAUCAAUAAUCCAUCCGGAAAUGAUGAUCGUUCAGUAGCUGCUCUCAAUUCACAAAAGGGAAGUUUCCUCAUUCAUCAAAAGUGGGUCCAUCACCACCAUUUAGAUUCCAAAUUUUCAGUUAAGGAUCAGGAGGCAUUCGUUGGAAGGGAGAGAGUUUCUGGAGCCGAAUUACCAACUCUACCACCCUCUUCACACGUUGCCAGAAUGAGACGACCAAAUGGUGAUAUCAUUCCAAUUGUGAGACAGAGUUUCCCUUAUGGUACAGUGAGUGGAGAACAUGGAUUAUUGUUCAUUGCUUACAGUAAUAACAUUGAAAAGUAUGAAACUCUAUUGGAUGCCAUGGUUGGUAAAGUGCACGGCAAACAUAAUGAUGCCAUCAUGAAAUUCUCCAAUUGCCACUACUCUAAUUAUUAUUACGUUCCAUCCAUCAAUGAAUUGAAUUCUAUCAAGACAAAAUUUAAUAAAUAAUGAAUACUUAUAAUAAAGUGAAAUAAGUAGCUAUUC